CAUCCGCCUCCUCCGCCCAGGAGAUUAGACGAUCAAUGUCUUCCUGACGGCCUAAGUUCCGAGUUCGUCCCUGUCCAACCAUUCUAACAAAAGCGCCGCACCUUCUCGAACGCUUCCAUUUCGCGUACGCCUGUCCCCCUUUCGCUGCGACAUCAACACACCGACCUUGCGACGGCUCGCCAGUACCAGAUUCGGGCAUGAUAUAAGCCUCUACGCGCGAAUCUGGAUAACAUGGAGAACGAAGACCCUCAACUCUACCAGUAUGGCACACCUCAGUCCAGCAAUUCCUUCAAGCGUCCGCGCCGCAGUCUUCAAAGCUCCAUGCCGUUGAGUAGCGUGUCGGAAAGCGCGACAUCGUCACCUCGGAUCUCUGCCCAUGGCUCGCUCAACACUACCGUCAUCGAUCACAUUCAUGGCUUGAAACACCUGGACGACCAACAGAUCCUGCUGUUGCUGCAGGCUGCGCGUAAUGGAGAUGGCAUGCGACCAGUGCCUGACAGAUCGUCAAUGAUGUCGACGUCGACUCUAGCCAGCCGCGCAUCAUCUUACCUGAGUGUACCUUCCAGCAGAGUACCGAGCAUGAUGUCAGACCCUCGCUCAUCGAUUGCCUCGACCGACUCAUCGUUCACUCACUACAGCGCCGCCUCCUCGCGCAUGUCUACAGCAUCCUCUCGCCUUUCCACUCUCUCCACCGCGUCGACACCAGCACCAAAGAACUUCGCUUGCACGUUCUGCGACAAGGCUCUCAAGUCGAAGCCGUACUGGAAGUCACACGAGGAGGAGUUCCAUGAGCAGAGGCUUACAUGGCGCUGCCCGGAUUGCGAGCAGAUCUUCCACGCUGGCAAGCGCUUUCGUGAGCACCACACAAAGCUUCACGGCUGUGAGCAUUGCAAACAACCAAGGGAGAGUGGGCAGCCUACCAGCAGAAAGGCUUCGCCUUGCGUUAAGAAGUACGAGAUUGUUAUGCAUGACAAGGACGCUUGGGGUUGCGGCUUCUGUGCGUCUCUGUUAACCACCUGGGAAGAAAGGUGUGAACACAUCGCGCUGCACUUCGAAGAGAAGGGAGGAGCGAAGUGGAACUUUACCAACGUUGUCCUUGGUCUGCUGAAGCAGUCUGAUGCUGCGCACGCAUGGAACACGUUGUUGACGCAGCGCCACGGAGACGAACAGAACUGGCCAAAGCUGUCGUGGGAAUCGAAGAAGUGUAACCGCCUACGAUACAAACUGGAGACAAAGUGGCACACCAGUGCUUUCGACAUCGAGAAGUUGGUACAAGACACCUACGACCUGGCCGAAAUCGAACCAAAGGAUGCUGUCGAUUUUGCACCUGAGAUGACCCCUGACGUGUCUGAGCCCGACAACUCUGCUCACAGUGAGAUCGUUGAGUUCAAGCUGGAGACCUCGGACUUCGGAAACGACUCGAGACUACAAAGUUCGCAUGGCGUUCCGCAAGACCAGCACAUGAUGGACUUAGAUCCCGUAGAACCUCCGCAAGUCAUGCACCAUCAACAAUCCUUCCAACAGAGUCAGUGGCCUGUCAGCGCCGACAUGUCACAGGCUCACCUGACUGCUGAUGCAAGUAUGGGCGCCUAUGGGGGCUACAACCCGAGUAUGGCGACGAUGUCGGCGUCAUUCACACAGCCCAUUCCACAACAGAGCUUUCAACAGCAACAAACAUGGCCAAACACCGACUUUGUUUCGACCCCUGACCUCAUCAACUUCCAACAACCGACAUCGUACAUGAACUAUACGCAGCCGAAGGAAGUUGUAUCCGUACCGACCUCGCAGUAUGCCAACUUCGCGCACUACCCUCAACAGCAAAAUCAACAGAGGCAGAGUGUUCCGCCCAACUUCAUGCAACAUUCCAACAGUACCCCGUCAUCAUCCCGAAAGUAUGUUCCUAAGCUCGUCAACAUAUCGAACUCAAGCCACCGAGCCAUGCACCCGGAGCAGCAGCCACCUGCACCUCCCCCUAAGGAUGAGUCACAGGGCAACCGUUUCUCGAGAAUGAUCAUGCGAAGAAAGCCAAGCAACAUAUCUCAACACAGCGGUAACAGGGACACCAUGAGCUGGAACAACGAGCUGAACUGGGGAUGAGUUGAUGGUUUCCAGCGCCUGCUCUGCCCUUGUCAGAGUUGUUCCUCACACAUACAUCCCCCACAAUCAAACUCACACCUCACUUGAGAAAGUGAUCCCGAACCUCGCACCAGCGACGGCUCGCCUACCACCGCGCCGCGCCGAGCUGAGCGAGCUACACGUCACCACAACGGAGCUGUACUCUUCAUAUUUCCUAUCGUUUCUGAGUUUGGAAGCAAGGUAUACCCAUAAUGUAGCGUUGUUUACGGUUUUCAUAUCAUCAUGUUUUGGUUCGCUCAAAAGAGGGUUCCUUUAUGUUAUCGUAGUGUCUGCACCACAUAUCUCCUAGGACCGUAUUGUUCACCAUCUCAUUUUACGCAACGUCUGGAGCAAUUGACGUAAUGAGGCAGGAUGGCUCGGAGUUCGAAGGCGGAGCCUAUAGAUGGUCAACAGUACUCUGCAUGUCUCUUGGAUAAUGUAACAUUAUUGAC